GGAGUGUUUAGGAGAAGGAGCGGGAGAAGGAGUGGGAGUGCGCGCGCCGUUACGCACAGUCGACUUGGACAGUUCCAGGAUGUGUUUAACAACUGUUAAUGAGCAGACGGAGGAUCAGCAGAGCAGAUAGUGUGUGGGGCGGUUCUACCCUGCGCUCAGUGGAGCAGCCCCGUCAGGGACCACAACAGACGCGGACAGAGAGUGAUCCAAGCCCCAGACUCGGACUCUGGGUCAAACUUCAGACGUUUGGCAUUUUACUGCGAGCGGAGGUCAAAACCUACAGAGACUUGAGACGGAGCGCGGAGGUUACGGGCCAGCUUCUGUGGGAAUUGAUGUCACUCUUGGAUUGGUUUAAUUGAAAAUGGAAACACUGGAGUCUGAGCUAACGUGCCCGAUCUGCCUGGAGUUGUUUGAAGACCCUCUGCUGUUGCCCUGUGCCCACUCUCUGUGUUUUAACUGUGCCCACCGUAUCCUGGUGUCUCACUGCUCCACCAGCAAACCUCUCGAGUCCAUCUCCGCUUUCCAGUGUCCCACGUGCCGCUACGUCAUCACGCUGAAUCACAGAGGGCUGGAGGGCCUAAAGCGCAAUGUGACUCUGCAGAACAUCAUUGACCGCUUUCAAAAGGCCUCCCUCAGUGGCCCCAACUCCCCCACCGAGAGCCGCCGCCUGCCGCCCCCGCAGCGGCCCUACACCGCCACCAUCAGCGCCAGCAUAGGCACCAUAGGCACCCUGGGCGGCGGCAGCGGCACCAGCGGAAGUAGUGCCCGCGGCAGCCCGGCCACUUCCAGCCACUCGCACUCGCUUGCCAACCACAGUAACCACACCAACCACAACAACGCCAACCACAGCCCGGCGGUCAUCGCCAAGAUGGACUAUCGCAUUAGCUGCCAGUUCUGUGAGCAGGACCCUCCCCGAGAGGCGGUGAAGACGUGUGUGACAUGUGAAGUGUCAUACUGUGACCGCUGCCUGAGGGCCACUCACCCAAACAAAAAGCCCUUCACCAGCCACCGCCUGGUGGAACCUGUCCCAGACACGCACAUCCGAGGCCUGACCUGCAUGGAGCAUGAGAACGAGAAGGUCAACAUGUACUGCAUGGUGGACGACCAGCUCAUCUGUGCCCUGUGUAAGCUGGUGGGACGCCAUCGCGAGCACCAGGUGUGCUCACUCACUGAGCGCUUCGACAAACUCAAGGCCUAUCAGAGCCCGGGCAGAGUGUCAGAGGCAGUAUUGGAGGCUUCAAAGACAAGCGCUGCGCAAACCUUGGAAAACAACCUGACCAAUCUGGUGAAGAGGAACAGUGAGCUGGAGAACCAAAUGGCCAAACUCAUCCAGAUCUGUCAACAGGUGGAGGUGAACACAGCCAUGCAUGAAGCCAAGCUGGUGGAGGAGUGCGACGAGCUGGUGGAAAUCAUCCGUCAGAGGAAACAGGUCAUCGCCGUCAAGAUCAAGGAGUCUAAGGUGAUGAAGUUACGUAAGCUGGCCCAGCAGAUCGCCAACUGUCGCCAGUGCCUGGAGCGCUCCAGUGCUCUGAUCACACAAGCAGAGCAGAGCCUGAAAGAGAAUGACCACGCACGCUUUCUACAGACCGCCCGAAACGUCGCCGAAAGGGUCGCCAUGGCAACCGCUUCCUCCCAGGUCCUCAUCCCUGACGUCAACCUCAAUGAGGCUUUUGACAACUUUGCACUGGACUUUUCCCGAGAGAAAAAGAUCCUGGAAGGACUGGAUUAUCUAACAGCCCCGAACCCUCCCUCCAUACGGGAGGAGCUGUGCACAGCCUCUCACGACACCAUCACUGUUCACUGGACGUCCGAGGAUGAGUUCAGCGUCACUUCUUAUGAGCUACAAUACACGAUCUACACCGGGCAGACCAACUUCAUCAGUUUGUACAACUCCGCAGACAGCUGGAUGAUCGUGCCCAAUAUCAAGCAGAACCACUACACGGUGCAUGGGCUGCAGAGUGGCACCCGCUACAUCUUCUUUGUCAAGGCCAUCAACCAGGCAGGGAGCCGCAACAGUGAGCCGGCUCGUCUCAAGACCAACAGCCAGCCCUUUAAAUUGGACCCAAAGACUGCUCAUAAGAAACUGCGCCUGUCCAACGACUGUCUGACCAUGGAGAAAGACGAGAGCUCUCUGAAGAAGAGCCACACCCCCGAGCGCUUCAGUGGAACCGGGUCCUACGGCGCCGCGGGCAACGUUUUCAUCGACAGCGGGUGCCAUUACUGGGAAGUGCUGCUGGGAGCAUCCACAUGGUAUGCCAUCGGCGUCGCUUACAAAUCAGCCCCCAAAAAUGAGUGGAGUGGCAAGAAUUCCUCGUCCUGGGUGUUCUCCCGCUGCAACAGUAACUUCAUGGUGCGGCACGAUGGGAAAGAGAUGCUGGUGGAAGCGAGUUUGCAGCUGAGGAGGCUGGGCGUACUUCUGGACUACGACAACAACUCGCUGUCUUUCUACGACGCCAUGAGCUCGCAGCACAUACACACCUUCGAGAUCUCCUUCCUGCUGCCCGUCGUGCCCACCUUCAUGAUUUGGAACAAGUCGGUCAUGAUCCUCUCAGGACUCCCCGUGCCAGAUUUUGUGGAGGGCAGCUCUUUGGAGCACCAGGAGCAGCAGCAGCAGCAGAUGGGGCUGUGCAGGCAGGAGUCGCCCUACUUGACCGGGAUGAAGAACUGUCACUGAGGGAAAGUACAGUGGACGUCUGGAAAAGGGCACCCGGGCUGGAGGUCAAAGGUUAAGAAGAGCUAAAGAGACUGUGCUCUCACAAAUGGGAGGAAGGAAGUGCUGGAAUAUGCACACCAUUUUUCAGUUUUGGUUUACGUCCAGCCAAUGCUUUAGUACAGGAGUGAAGAUAUGAGUAAGAUGGUUUUAUGAUCUUAGACUUUAUCGCAGUUUGAUUUCAUUUAGAGCUUUGUUUCUGCCAUAGAUGAAAAGCCCAAAUAACAUUAAUUACAAGAUAACGUAUGUUUUUUUUUUAGUUUAUCAGUGAGUUGUGGAUGUGCCUCCAUACAGUCCACAGUUGGACACUGGACAUUUGCCUUCACUAAUCUAACUUGGUGGACACUUUGUUUUUACUUUGCUUUGCUCUGGUAUCAGUGACCAUGUCGAGCUGGUUGUCCUUCAAUAAUCUUCCUCCAAGAUUUGAUCCCAUUUGUAAAGGUUUGUACUGACACUUCCAAGUUUGAGGAAGUUGAAAGUUGCUCCCUGAUAGUGGGAGCUUUGCGUCAUGUGACUACUCAACUUGUAUAAUAAGACGUUUAUGGAAUAUUAAGGUAAAAUGUGUUAUUUAAGACUAAAUUUAGGUUUACCUUUAUUAUUGGUCACAAGAAUAUUUGUGAUGCACUUUGAGGAACACUUGAGGUUGUGGUUUAAUGAACGAGGGCCACUGGCACGGCUGCUCAUUGUGUUCAGCCACCACUUGAAUAAAUAUGAAAUAUGGUUAGUUAUAACCAUAAUAACGUCUAUUGCAAUAAUACUAUUUUCUUUGAUUUCUAAUUGCUCUUUCCGCAUUCUUAAAAAGGGAUUUGAUGUUUUGAAUCUUGGUGAAAAAAAUCCUUUUUUUUGUCUGUCACUAACUGUCUGUCACUGUGUCAUGGCAUGAUGGUGUGUCCCUCUGUGCUUCGUCUUCACACACAUUUGAUUUGCUCGUCUUAGUAAAUGCAUGAUCCAUUUUUGAUCCCUUUUGCAGAUCAUUAGUCUGUGUGUAGACUGGGACAUAUCAUUUUAGGUUUGUUCAAUCUUGUGUUCACACAUUAUUUUAAAACAUGAUCAGCUGGGCUUUAAAUGAACCUUGUGUAGUCUUGAUAUUCAGGUAAUGCUCUGACAUAGACAAUCAAAUGUUCAGUGUUUUAGUGCAGACGUUUUGAUGCGUAUUAAAUACACUGGAGUUUGUGUGCUAAAACACUUUACAUUUCGGCUGGAUUUCAACAAGGAAUUAUUGACAGAGUUGUCCCAAAUGUUAUGCAGCAUUGGCUUUGCAGUGUAUCUGUUAUGAAGACUGGGGCAAUGCUUUCAUUGUUGGCUUUUUUGACAUGACGUCAGAUAUGGGGACUUUGGAAAAAGAGAACAGAUUUUCUUUUUCUGCUGUUAAAAAGAUUAGAACAUCCUUCCUGACGUCCAGAUAUUUGGCAAUGUUGUUAAAUAACAUUGGUCAGGGAGGCUCCAAUUGGCAGUGUGUUGAUUUGCAAUGUGGACUGACAAGCUCAACUCAUCUGUGCAGGCAUGCUCGGUCGGGUCACUGCAUGAUUUUCUGACCUUGCUACGGAUUCAUGCCUUUUUACCCAUCCUUAGAGUACUCUACAGACAAGGUAUUUAGUUCAUUUUUCCUCUAAAAAAAUCUCAUUUGAAACAUCCGAGUCACACAGUCCUCAUUAGCAUUCAUAUCAGAUUUGCUGUGCUCUCAUCUGUGUCCCGUCUCAAAAAUAUACAAUGAAUGAACUUCAGUAGGUUUCCACUCCUCCUUGUAGUGCAGUGUGAACCCAAGAGACAAUGCAAUAGAGUUUUUCUUUUUGGUUGGUGUCACUGGGAGAUUAUUUUUUAUGACAACCAAGAGAAAAGCGCCUCUUCUUUAGCCGUUUGGACCUUGAUGAACAGCACAAAAGAGCAGCUUUGCUGUGAGGCAAGGCUUAAUGUUUCCAUAUAUAAAAAGAGAAUUUAAGCCAGAGAAGGAUGUAAAUUAUGAGGGGAAAAUAUAUAUUAUAUAAAAUUGUAUUCUAUACAAAAUAUAAAUGAAACAAUGUUAUUUAUGUGAAAUCCAAUUAAAAGUCUGUCAAAACUUGC